CUUUUCUCACUCCUCGUUUGGUAGAGGAAAAAAAAUAAAUAUUCUCAAGCCUUGUGUCAUUUGUCCAAUCAUGCCCUUACUAUAUAAUAAUGUCAACCAGGUUCCGGUAAUAUCCACUUUCCGAAUCCUUCAAACCGUUUCACAUAUAUAAAACUCUAAUCCCUCCCUACCCUAACAUCAAGCCGAGAUUCUACAUACCAAGAAGCCAUGGCAGAGGAGUUUGAAGCUGCUGGGAUUUAUGGUGGAAAUUGGUGGAACAUGAAUACUUGUUCAUCAAGAAGUGUGUUCCCUCUCAUCACUUCAUCUUCAUCAUCAUCAUCACUCUGUUCUAUUGCAGCAAAUCAAGAUGGAGGCAACUUUAGUUGCGCUUGGCAAACUGAUAGUCUCGUGGAUCUCAAGUCGCCUUUAGUUUCUCAUCAUCAUCAUGAUGCUCUGGGUUUUCUAGUUCAGCAGAAGCAAAACCAUCAGAAUGAAUCAUCACCUGAUGCUUCUGAAAAUAAUGGAAAAAUAUUGAUGGAUUCCUCCUUGGGCUUUUCCAACUGGAAUAACCACUCUUUACUUGGGAGACCAGAAAGCAAUUUCGAAUCUGUUCUUGAAGAAGAAGGUGGAGUAGAUUCUUCGAAUUCCGAAAUGAAAACCAUGAACCAAGAAUUUGCCUUAGAUCAUCGUCAACAGAAUCUGAGUUCUGCCUCAUAUGGCUAUGGCCUGUGUGAUGAGCACAAUCCUCUUCAUCAUUUUCAACCACAGCCACAGCCAGAGGGCUCGCUUUUCACCAACCCUUCUUUGGCUUAUAGUUAUAGUUCAGCCAAUCAAGCCUCGCCAAGUUGGUCCAAAGCCUCUGAUCACUUUUUGAACCCUUCAAUGCCAAAGCAGCAGCUGGGUGGAUUCCACUUUUCAAACGACAAUGAUAAUAAUAAUUCUCCUUUUUGGAAUAAUUCUUCAGCUGAUCAUCGAGCACUUGAUGACGUACCAGCACCACAAGUGAUUUUUGCUUCAUCCCCACAAUCUCAAACUUUUGAACACAAACCCAGUUGCUCAGCUCUCUUAACCAAGCACAAAAGAGAAGAGGCUCCUGUUAGUGAACCAGCUGCAUUCAAAAGGCCCAGAAUUGAAACUCCAUCCCCACUGCCAACUUUUAAGGUUCGGAAAGAAAAGUUAGGGGACCGAAUCACAGCUCUUCAGCAGUUGGUUUCACCUUUUGGAAAGACUGACACAGCAUCAGUUCUUCACGAAGCCAUCGAGUACAUCAAGUAUCUUCAUGAUCAAGUCAGCGUUUUGAGUGCUCCAUAUUUGAACAAUGACAGACCUGCUGCCCAACACUAUCAGGGUUGUGAAGAGAAAGAAUCAAAAGGGGGAAAGCAAGAUUUAAGAAGCCAAGGGUUGUGUUUGGCACCGAUAUCGAGCACCUUCUCACUUGCUAACUAUGAGAUGAUGGCUUCUGAGUUAUGGACGCAUGCAUAUGGAGGAGCUUUCAUCAUCAGGUAG